UUUACGGACACGCGGGCAACUAGCGGUUGCCGCAUGGUGGAAUGUUAAUUCAUUGGAUAUAACUGUAUUGUUGGCUGCGGAUAAUUUCACCAUUAUUCACAUUUCAAACUCUUUUUAAAGAACGAAUAACUCAACAAAGCAAAUUACAACGGAAUUGGGAACAGAUCUUUUUUUUCCAAAAAUUUGGAAUAUGACAAAAAUAUUAACAGUGGCAAAAUCUCUGCGCAAUGGAUGGUUCCAUGGGACAUAUGGCUGGAGAUCAACUGCAAGAUUAUUCAGUUUUAAGGCCCAGACUGCACACCUGGUGCUGGAGGAUGGCACCCGCAUGAAGGGGCUCUCAUUCGGCCAUCCGCAGUCGGCCGCGGGCGAACUGGUCUUUAACACGGGGCUUGUCGGGUACCCUGAGGCUUUGACUGACCCCAGCUACAGGGGUCAGAUUCUUACCCUUACCUACCCUAUCGUGGGGAAUUAUGGGGUGCCCAAUACAUGUGAGCUGGACGAUCUUGGGCUGAGGAAGAACGUGGAGUCUGAUCGUGUUCAGGUUUCUGGACUUCUGGUUCAGGACUACAGCCAUGAGUACAGUCACUGGAACUCCGUGAAAUCUUUGGCACAGUGGCUUCAAGAGGAGAGGGUGCCUGCAUUGUAUGGAGUAGAUACCAGAAUGCUUACUAAGAUUAUUCGGGACAAGGGAACAGUUUUGGGGAAAAUAGAAUUUGACGGCCACCCAGUAGAGAUAACAGAUCCUAACCAGAAAAAUCUAGUAGCAGAGGUCUCUACUAAGGAAACUAAAGUGUUUGGCAAAGGUAAUCCAAUUAAAGUGGUUGCUGUGGACUGUGGGAUUAAGCACAACAUAAUCAGACUACUUGUUAAGCGCGGGGCAGAGGUUCACUUGGUGCCGUGGGACCAGGAGCUGGUUAACCUGGACUACGACGGCCUCUUCAUCUCCAAUGGUCCCGGAGACCCUUCCCUGGCCAGACCGCUCAUAGACAAUGUCCGAAAGGUUCUGGAGAGUGACAGGCCCCAGCCUGUUUUUGGCAUUUGCAUGGGAAACCAGAUCACAGCUUUGGCUGCUGGAGCCAAGUCCUACAAACUACCCAUGGGCAAUAGGGGUCAGAACCAGCCCGUGGUAAACGUAAUGACGGGUCAGGCUUUCAUCACUGCCCAGAACCACGGUUACGGUAUCGACAGCAAAUCCUUACCUGCGGGCUGGAGUCCGCUCUUCAUCAAUGCCAACGACGGGACGAAUGAGGGUAUAAUGCAUAACAGCAAGCCAGUGUUUACUGCCCAGUUCCACCCAGAGGCCAAAGGUGGACCCACUGACACUGAGUUCCUGUUCGACGCCUUCAUCUCUCUUAUAAAGAAAGGGAAAGAGGCCAGCAUUGUGUCUGUGAUGCCGAAAAAACCUGCCAUUCCUCCCAGAGCUCAGGUGUCAAAGGUGCUGGUUCUGGGUUCCGGGGGCCUGUCCAUCGGUCAGGCCGGAGAGUUUGACUACUCGGGAUCUCAGGCUGUUAAAGCCAUGAAGGAGGAGAAUCUGAAGACGGUUCUGAUGAACCCAAACAUUGCCUCGGUGCAGACCAACGAAGUGGGUACCAAGCAGGCUGACUCAGUCUACUUCCUGCCCGUCACUCCUCAGUUUGUCACGGAGGUGAUCAAAGCGGAGAGACCGGACGGCAUCCUGCUCUCCAUGGGCGGACAGACGGCUCUGAACUGUGGUGUGGAGCUGUUUCAGAGUGGCGUCCUGCAGCAGUACGGGGUAAAGGUUUUGGGCACGCCUGUGGAAUCCAUCAUGGCGACCGAGGACAGGCAGCUCUUUGCAGACAAACUGAUGGAGAUCAAUGAAAAGAUAGCUCCCAGCAUUGCCGUCGAGUCGGUGGCGGAUGCUGUGAACGCAGCUGAGCAGAUUGGCUAUCCAGUCAUGCUGCGUUCAGCCUACGCUUUAGGAGGUUUAGGAUCAGGCCUGUGUGCCACCAGAGAGAAACUGGAAGAAACAGCUCGCAAGGCCCUGGCCAUGAGUAGUCAGAUCCUGGUGGAGAAGUCUCUGCUGGGCUGGAAAGAGGUGGAGUAUGAGGUGGUUCGGGACGUAGCUGACAACUGUGUCACUGUCUGUAAUAUGGAGAAUUUUGACCCUCUUGGCAUCCAUACAGGCGACUCCAUUGUUGUGGCGCCCAGUCAGACUCUGUCCAACGAGGAGUACCACAUGCUGAGAGAGACGGCGAUUAAAGUGGUGCGGCAUCUCGGGAUUGUGGGCGAAUGUAACAUCCAGUACGCCCUGCACCCCACGUCCCUGGAGUACUGCAUCAUCGAGGUCAACGCUCGCCUCUCCCGGAGCUCCGCCCUGGCCUCGAAGGCCACGGGGUAUCCGCUGGCGUUUGUGGCGGCCAAGCUGGCCCUGGGCAUUCCCCUGCCGGACAUAAAGAACGCGGUCUCGGAGAAAACCACGGCCUGCUUCGAGCCCAGCCUGGACUACAUCGUCACCAAGAUCCCUCGCUGGGACCUGGACCGCUUCCAGGGCAUGUCGCGGGAGAUCGGCAGUGCCAUGAAGAGCGUAGGAGAGGUGAUGGCAGUGGGGCGGACCUUUGAGGAGAGCAUUCAGAAGGCUUUGCGGAUGUGCCAUCCGUCUGUGGACGGCUUUGUGCCACGUCUGCCCCUGAAGAGGGCCUGGGCAGAGCAGCAGAACCUGCAGCAGGAACUGGCAGUCCCCUCCAGCACACGCAUCUUCUCUCUGGCCAGGGCUCUCCACAGCAGCGUGACCGUGGAUAAGAUCCAUGAUCUCACAGCCAUUGACAAGUGGUUUCUGCACAAACUCAGACGAAUCACUGAGCUGGAGCAGCAUCUGGGCAAGUACAACAGUUCCACAGUGCCGCGGGAGCUGCUCCUGAAGGCCAAGCAGGACGGGUUUUCGGACCGGCAGAUCGGCCAGACCCUGGGCACCUCCGAAGGUGAGGCCCGAGCGCUGAGACUGGACCAGAACAUCCGACCCUGGAUCAAACAGAUUGACACUCUUGCGGCUGAGUAUCCUGCUGUGACUAACUAUCUCUACUGUACUUACCAUGGUCAGGAGCAUGACCUGGACUUCAGCGAUCGGGGUGUCAUGGUUUUAGGCUGUGGGCCCUAUCACAUUGGCAGCAGCGUGGAGUUUGACUGGUGCGCGGUGUCAAGCAUCCGCGCCCUCAGACAGAUGGGACGGCGGACAGUUGUGGUGAACCACAACCCCGAGACGGUCAGCACGGACUUUGACGAGUGCGACCGCUUGUACUUCGAGGAACUGACCCUGGAGCGGAUCCUGGACAUUACUCAACAGGAGGGCUGCACGGGUUGCAUCGUCUCUGUCGGGGGGCAGAUUCCUAAUAAUUUGGCCGUGCCCCUGCACCAGAACGGGGUGAAGAUCCUGGGAACCAGCCCCCUGCAGAUCGACCGGGCCGAGGAGCGAUCGGUGUUCUCCAGCAUUCUCGACAAACUGGGCGUGGCCCAGGCACCGUGGAGAGCCCUCAGUUCACUGGAGGAUGCUUUUGCCUUUGCCAGAAAAGUGGGCUACCCAUGUCUCCUGCGCCCGUCCUAUGUUCUGAGCGGUUCGGCGAUGAACGUGGCCUACGGAGAGGAGGAGAUGAAGCGUUUUCUGGAGGAGGCCACACAGGUGUCGCAGGAACACCCUGUGGUCAUCACCAAGUUCGUCUCUGGAGCCAGAGAGGUGGAGCUUGACGCUGUGGCUAAAACGGGCAAAGUUCUGGUCCACGCCAUCACAGAACAUGUUGAAGAUGCUGGGGUUCACUCUGGAGAUGCCACCCUCAUGCUGCCCACCCAAACCAUCAGCCAAGGAGCCCUGGAGAAGGUAAAAACCGCAACCCGUAAAAUUGCGGAGGCAUUUGAGAUUUCAGGGCCGUUUAACACUCAAUUUCUGGUGAAAGGCAACGACGUCAUGGUGAUCGAGUGUAACCUACGCGCCUCCCGCUCCUUCCCCUUUGUCUCCAAGACCAUCGGCGUGGACUUCAUCAACGUGGCGACCCGCGUCAUGGUCGGGGAACCUCUAGACGAGACGCGCCUUCCCUCGCUGGAGAACCCCAUCAUUCCUGUCGAUUACGUCGGAAUCAAGGCCCCUAUGUUCUCCUGGCCACGGUUGCGUGAUGCUGAUCCUGUCCUGCGUUGUGAGAUGGCCUCGACAGGAGAGGUUGCGUGCUUUGGAGCAAACAUCUACUCCGCUUUUUUGAAGGCCAUGCUCUCCACGGGAUUCAAAAUCCCACAGAAGGGAAUUCUCAUCGGGAUCCAGCACUCGUUUAGGCCAAACUUUUUGUCUACUGCACACCAGCUGAAUGAGCAAGGCUUCAAGCUUUAUGCUACUGAGGCUACCUCUGCCUGGCUCAACGCCAACGAUGUGCCCUCCACUCCAGUCGCCUGGCCCAGCCAGGAGGGCAAAGAUGCCAGUCUGCCCAGCAUCAGCAGGCUGAUCAGUGACGGUCACAUUGACCUAGUGGUCAAUUUACCCAAUAACAACACCAAGUUCCUCAAGGAUAACUUCCUCAUCCGCAGAAUGGCUGUAGACUAUGGAGUACCCUUAAUCACAAACUUCCAGGUGGUAAAGCUUUUUGCUGAGGCUAUCAAGUACGCUAGUGAACUCGACACCACAAGCCUGUUCCACUAUCGCCAGCAUGAUGCCAGGCAACAGGGCUAGUGUGACCCGUAGCACCAACCUCUCUGUAUCAGGCUCCAAAGACAUCCGGAUCCACAUUUACCUCCACUGAGCCGCGUAUCAUCUGAGAAGGUCCAGCUGGUCUGUGCUCGAUGGUCCCCAGAAGAAUCAAAAUCUUUGAAAGAUCAUUUCAGUUGACUUGAAAUAUUGACACGAAGAGCAAAUAUUGGUGACAGCAGUCGGAUCAGCUGGCUCUUUUAACAGUAAUUAUAUCUCAUCAGAUGCAGGAAUAGUAGGGGAAAAAAAAAGAAGUUCAGCUAUCAGUUCUAAGUCAGACACAAGGGACAUAACUGCCUGUCUUUAAUUAUUUGUGGUUUUGCUCACUCUGUGCAGCACGAUUGGAUUUUGUGAAUGAUGUUAAAAUGUGACUAGUCCCAUAUGGGGUUAUUUGGAGACGUCUUUCCAAAUGAUGUGUGUUUUUAUUCUCGGCCAGUUCUAGAACCUUCUGCUGCGUAGACAACGCAGCUCUCCUGCCCCUUACUUCAGCUAAGACAAAAAGACCAUUUUUUUCUUACCAAGACCUCUGUUUAGCCAUUGACAGGUUUCUUUCACUCUGUUUUUAUGUGUUAUGGUUACAAAAAAAAAAAUGGGAAAAAAAACAGAGAAGGAUUGUGUUGACCUAUCAGUGUCCAGUCUUUUAAGCAUUUUCUUUGGGUAUUUUGAGGAACUUCUGUAAGCUGCAAUGAGAACAGUGUGCAGUGUUACAUUUUAAAACUUAAUAUAUUUUGACAGUCACCGGAUCUUUCCAUGUAAAAGUAUAAGAUGAAAAACAUAGCAAAUUAUGUUAAACUAAAUUUUGGACCAAUUUAUUUACCGUGUGAUAGAAAAAAAAAUUGUUUUAGCAUAUAUAACACUUGAUCCAGGUUUUGGAAAGGGAAGUUAAAAAUCUCCCUCAGAUUGAGUUCACACAUUGAUAUACUUGUGAAAGAUUUAUAAACAGCAACCCCAAGUUAUGCUUGUUAAAGAGUUUCAGUCAACGGGGGUUUGUUACUUAACAGUAUUAAUCAGUUAUAGAAAUUAUAGGGGUUUUUUUUUGGUCU